AUGUUGUUUGAAAUAUAAAAGCUCGGCUUUUAUAUUUCAAAACAACAUUUCUUAACCUCGGAGGUUAUUCUGCAACAUUCACGAUAACUCGUACUUUAUUUCUUAAUUAUAUAAAAACCAAUGCGGGAACAAAUAGAAAUAAACAAUGCAAAAAGCGGAUUCCGUAUAGGUAUCAACGAACGAUAACUCUUGAAUAUGACGAUGUUUUGUCGACCAGUCACCCAAACAAAGUUGUUUUGCGUCGAGUGCAGGAAGCAUGCGGUCCGAUGGGUAGCGAACAGGAGAAUUUCAGAGAAAAGUGAUACAAACAGUGCACGACAGACUAAUGGGCCACUAUCGGGCUACAGAGUACUAGACUUAUCCAGAGUUCUGGCCGGACCGUACUGUACGAUGAUUCUGGGGGAUCUAGGGGCAGAGGUCAUCAAAGUAGAACGACCCGGAUCGGGAGAUGACACGCGCUCCUGGGGUCCGCCAUUUAAAGGACAGGAAGCUGUGUAUUUCUUGACCGUCAACAGAAAUAAAAAGAGUGUUGCUGUCGACAUCAAAACACGAAAAGGACAGAAUAUCAUAAGACAGCUUGCCUCAAAGUGUGAUGUCCUCGUGGAGAACUAUAUCCCCGGGAAGCUGGCCCAGUACAACUUGGGGUACGACCAACUGAAGACGGAGUGCCCCAACCUCAUCUACUGCUCCAUAUCAGGUUACGGCCAGACCGGACCUUACGCCAAAAGAGCCGGAUAUGACGUCAUCGUGUCCGGCGUGGCAGGGCUAAUGCACAUCACCGGCCCAAAGGACGGUGAGCCGUGUAAAGUGGGGGUCGCCAUGACAGAUUUGUCCACAGGUCUGUAUGCGCACGGUGCCAUCAUGGCUGCCAUCUUACAACGACAAAAAUCUGGUCAAGGACAACACAUCGACUGUGAUCUAUUUUCUACUCAGGUUGCGUCAUUGAUAAAUAUAGGAGGUAAUUUUUUGAAUGCUGGGAUAGAGGCCACACGGCACGGGACCGCCCACCCCAGCAUAGUGCCCUACCAGGCUUUCAAAACACAAGACAGUUAUAUACUGGUGGGGGCCGGAAAUGACGGACAGUUUAGACUCCUAUGUAAGAGACUUGGUUUGGAACAGUUAAUUGAGGACAAGAAAUUCUCUACAAACAAGGCCCGUGUGACAAACAGGAAAGAACUACUGGACUUGUUAAAGAAAAUGUUUAACACGAAUACGACACAGUACUGGCUGGACCUCCUGGAGAACUCAGGAAUUCCCUACGGUCCUAUCAACAACAUGGCGGCGGUGUUUAGCGAUCCUCAGACAAUCCAUAACGGGAUGAUACGGACCAUUCAACACCCAGACAUCGGAGACAUUAGGGUACCAGGACCCCCGGUCCGCUUCAGUGAUUUCCCGCGCGAUGCUCCUUCGGCGCCACCUACAUUAGGACAACAUACUGAUCACGUGCUCAGCAAUAUACUACAGCUUCAGCCAAAGGAAAUUGAGCGAUUGAGAGUAGAGGGUGUAGUUCAAUGAAUACAAUUGAAUUAGUGAAAUACGAAUGUAAUCAUAGGUCAGCGCUUAACCACUGUAAAGAGAAUUAAUUAUUCAGAGCUUGAAUUGAUUUGUACUGAUAUUCUGGUAAUAUACCUAAUGCUAUGACCUAAUUUAUGGGCGACGCCAUGUUCCGAUCACGUGCUUUACCGCCAUUAAGGUGCUGACAACGUUUUACAAGUGUUACAUUUACUACGCCGUCUUCAUCCCAGUUUGUGAUUGAUAAAAAGACAUGUAAUUAUAUAUUUAAACCUUAUUUAAUUCACGCUC